UUGAAAUACAUGUAUCUAUUAAAAUUUGAAUUUAUAAGAUUAAAAUGGAUUUAGCAAGUAUAAUUACACAUGUUACAAUAAUCAUUUCAGUAGCAAAUGCAGCCAAAGUGCCCUGUGGGGAGCCCCUGGUUAAGAUGACGACAAAACGUAUAGUAGGAGGAACCGAGUCUCCGGCCGGAGUGUGGCCUUGGAUGAUACUUUUGGAGGACAACAAUGGGAAUUUUGUUGGUUCAGCAGCAAUUAUACAUCCUAGAGUCCUAGUGUCUUCUGCCCAGCUAUUCGACGCGUUCUCUUCGAGUGCCUCUCACCUGUCUGACUGGAAGAUGUAUGAUAGCUCGUACCGAGCAAUUCCUGUCGGCAGACGCCAGACCUCCACCGUUCCCUUCCAUCCCCAGAAGAUCAUCGUUCAUCCGCAGUAUAAUACAAGCAACCUGCAGAAUGACAUCGUCCUUAUUAUAACUGAAAGCGCAUUAGCAUACAACGCCGCAACCCGGCCGGUAUGUCUGCCCGACAGCGGCCACAGAUACGCUAUCGGUGACGUAUGUUACCUAGCCGGUUGGGGAGACACCGCAACCAAUGGCGAUAGCAGUAUUCUUCGCCAUAUUACUCUUCCGAUCCUUCCUGACAGCGUUUGUAUGAACCAUUGGACCGACGUCCUGCCGGAAACGGAAAUAUGCGCCGGCUAUGAAAAUGGACAAAAGGACUUCUGUGCAAACGACAUCGGUGGGCCACUUGUGUGCAAGGGAAGCUCAAAUGGAAAGUGGUACAUGCAAGGAAUCGCUUCUUCCGGUGGGAAUUGCGCAAAGGCCGACGAGCCUGGGUUGUUCGAGGACGUUUUAAUUUACGCCGACUGGAUUAAGACAACCAUGGGAGCGAAUGGUUUUCCGUAUGAAUAUUGAAAUAAAAUCAAUGUUUACCUU